AUGGGGCCCCCUUCCCGCCCCCGAUCUAGAGAUUCUAGCGGUGCUGGGAAACGACCUGUAAGAGGUUCUAGUCCGAAUAUUGAUUCACGACGUUCAAACCGCAUACCGGCCAGCUCGAGUUUUGCCAAGCCAUCAUCAUCACCUGCCGGCGGCACAUCUUUGAAUACCCCUGACCGGAGGGUGAAAGUCAAGGAGUCUUCGAGUCUAUCUGAAGAUAUCGCUGCCGAGAUAGUGGUCUGGACGGGAGACACUAUGGAUGUGGAUGUGCCCGAGUCACCCACAUCGGCGCCGCCGGAGAUGUUAGACAUUGCUGAUGUGGCAGCUGAGGACAUGAAGAUGGAACCUGGCGUGUCGCCAUCAUCGUCCCCCCUCUCUCAACCUGUGUCGUCUCCCUCGAUGCAGCCUGAAUCUCUUCCCACUGAAGUGCCACCGCCGCUCUCCCUAGAUGUUCCAUCGGCUCCUCAACUUGAUCCAACCACCCCUCUCCAACAUGAUCCUCCGCCACCCACCCCCCCAUUAUCACCUCCGGCACCGGCAUCUGCAGUAGUAAUAUCCCAAACUGUGGAGAAUGAUGUUGCUCCAAAGGCGGAAGGCUCAUCAUCAUCAGUAUCUCCAGCAUCGGAACACUCCGACUUAUCACCCGCCCUAUCCUCGGUGUCUAGUAAAGCCACCACUCCGGUUGAUAACGAAAGCUCCAAGGAGGGCAUGGCACCUCCUGCUGCCCAACCCGCCAGUCAAAUAAAAGACAAGCCGAGGCGGAGAUAUGACGUGCGGCCAAAGGUCUCUAUCCCGCCUGAUCUUCCGCUCUACGAAUACGCCACACAGUGCAUUUCCGGGGCCGAAGCGUCGAGACUAAACCCUUAUGCCCUUCAUCCAGAAGAGUACUCGAUGCUCCGUGAUCAUAUCAGCCAUACACAAGUGACGACGUAUCUGAAUAUCCGUAACGGAAUCCUGAGACUUUGGGUCAGAAAUCCACAGAUCGCUGUCACACGUGAUGAGGCUGUUGGCUGUGCCAAAGACUCGAGGUGGUUUGACGUUGCCAGCCUCAGCUUUGACUGGCUCGUCCGUCGCGGAUAUAUCAACUUUGGGUGUGUUGAAAUCCGGUCGUCACGUAAGCCAGUGCCCGAAGGCCCAUCUACUCGGAGGAAACAAAAGACGAUUGUCGUCAUCGGCGCGGGGAUGUCCGGGCUUGGCUGCGCAAGACAGCUGGAAGGCCUGUUCAAGCAGUACUCGAGGAAGUUUCGCGAGAUGGGUGAGGAACCUCCACGGGUUGUCGUCCUGGAAGGGAGAAGCCGUGUUGGCGGGAGAGUGUAUUCCCGUGCUUUCACCACAAAACCAAAACAGGUCCCACCUCAUUUUGAAGGCAAGAGAUAUACUGCAGAGAUGGGAGGCAUGAUUAUCACGGGCUUUGAUAGGGGCAAUCCCAUCAACAUCCUUCUCAGAGGCCAGCUGGGCCUUGACUAUCACAGGCUGAACCCCGACAUGACCAUUUUCGAUUCGAACGGCAAGCCUGUCGAUUUUGUACGGGACCAGAUGGUGGAGAAGCUCUACAACGACUGUCUGGAGCGGGUCAGCGAGUACAAGUUUCAACAGCCGACGUCGAAACUGAUCGAGGGCAACCGCGACUUGAUAGACGAGGGGAGGGAUAGUUCGGCGGAAACGCACAGGACGAUUCGGCAAGCUGAAGAGGCGGCUGCUGCGCAACCGUAUGCGGCGCCUGUGUCGGAACAAAACAUGGCGCCGCAGGUUCACCUGGUACCCGUAUCGUCGGAUCGCGCCACUGGGAAGGUUCACACCGAACCAGGAACCCCAGGGGCUCAGAAAGCGGCGCAUAGGGUGAGGGAUAUCGGUUGGCCGCUCAAGCAUGGCGUCAGCGACGAUGCUGAUCUCGAGAUUGAUUCUCUUACCAAAGAACCCAAUGCCACGCUCGGCAGCGUCAUCGACAAUAUCAUUCCGCAAUACAGAGAUCUGGUAGACUUCACGGCGCAGGAUUUCAGGCUCAUGAACUGGCACGUUGCCAAUCUUGAGUACAGCAAUGCCACCAACUACAACCAGAUGAGCCUUCGGGGGUGGGACAUUGACGCGGGAAACGAGUGGGAAGGGGCCCAUACGAUGGUUGUUGGGGGGUAUCAGAGCGUGCCUAGAGGUCUUGCGAUGCUUCCUACGCCAUUGAACCUGAAGCAAAAGUCGCCAGUCCAAAAGAUUACAUACAGUCCUGACAACACGGGUAAAGCCACUGUUGAGUGUGAAGAUGGUUACAAGGUGGAGGCAGACUACGUUGUCAACACUAUCCCGCUCGGUGUGCUCAAGCACGGUAACGUGCAGUUUGACCCGCCGCUGCCGUCUUGGAAGGCCGACGCCAUCAGCCGCCUAGGUUUUGGCGUGCUGAACAAGGUCAUUCUUGUGUACAGAGAGGCGUUCUGGAACGAGAACCGCGACAUUUUUGGUGUAUUGCGGAUGCCAUCCAGCCGGCAUAGUCUGGAACAGAAGGAUUACUCCUCGCAGCGAGGUCGCUUCUUUCAGUGGUUCAACAUCUCCAAGCCGAGCGGGCUGCCUGUUUUGCUCGCGCUCAUGGCUGGCGACGCUGGGUAUGACACGGAGCAGAGCUGCAACGACGACCUUGUGGCGGAAGCGACAGAGGUUCUUCGCAGUGUUUACGGUUCUAGGGUACCCAAACAACCUGUCGAGGCGGUCGUGACCCGGUGGGCGUCUGACAAGUUUGCCCGCGGGAGUUACUCAUCGGCGGGGCCAAACAUGGAGGCGGAUGACUAUGACACCAUGGCGAGGCCGAUUGGGAAUUUGUAUUUUGCGGGCGAGCACACCAGCGGGACGCACCCUGCCACUGUUCACGGUGCUUAUCUGUCGGGACUCCGCGCGGCGUCGGAAGUGCUGGAUGCCAUGCUCGGGCCGAUUGAGAUUCCUACCCCGCUCAUUGUCCCCAAGGACCACUUGUCCCUUAAGCGCAAAGCGUCGGGGGUUAAUCAGAAGGACGGCUCUCUUGAGGCUCGGCUGAGGCAGUACGAGAUUGACAUGUGGGAUCACAUUGUCUCGCUGAUUGACAGGCGGCCUGCGAUGCCGGCCAAGCCGGCGAGCAACGCGUACAUCUUUUUCAGCAAGUCCAACUACGACAGGGCGAGGAGGAAGCUGGAGGAGGGGAGGCGGCCGGGCAAGGGGAAGCCCUCUGCUAACGAGGUGAGGGUGAUGAGCGCAAAGAUGUGGAAGGAGACGACUGAGGAGGAGAAGAGGCCGUUUGUGGAGAUGGUGGAGGAGCAGAAGAGGGCGUAUGCGGAAAGGAUGGAGGAGUGGAAGAAAUUGGGGGAGGAGUGGGAUGGGAAGGCUACCGAGUUGAGGUUGAAGUAUGAGAGGGAGCAUCCGGUUCCGAAGGCGGAGGAGGUUGGGGAGAAUAAUAAGAGGAGGAAGGCGGCGGCGGGCGUGGAGAGCUAUGCUGAGGAUGAGGAGGAGGAGGAGGAGGAGGAGGAGGAGGAGGGGGAGGGGGAGGGGGAGGAUGUGGUUAGGGAGGGGUAGGGGGAAGCAGUGAAGAAGCGGUGACUAUUCUCAUCUGAUGGCGUUUUGCUUUUAUCAUUUGGUGUUGGUGUUUUUUGGAGGCGUUGGUGUUGAGGGAAGGGGGUUUAAAAGGGUUGGGUGGACAUUUAAUUUUUGUGUCUCUACAUUUUUUGUCUUUUCUGUCCUGUUUGAGGUGGUGGUGCUGGUGAGUGGGCGCAGUAGGAUUGACUUUGUGCAGUAGAUGGACUAGGGAACAACCUGAAACGUAUAUAUACUGUAGCUUUUGGGUCGGGAAUAAGAGUACUAGCGUAAUUUGACCGAUACUUGAAGAC